AUGGCACUGCUUAGCUGCCUCAUCGCUUUGCAUGCCGCGGCUAUGAUCGGCUGCAGUGUUGCUGUACGUCCCGGACCGGCUGCUCCCGGAGCUCAGGACGCUCGUGAGUCCAUCUCUGAAGACGUGGCUCUCCUACAACAUUCAAAAGGCAAGGCCUUCGGAGGAGACACGACUGAGGCAGAGGAGUCAAGCUUGACUUAUGCUGUGCGUGGCAUCCCGCCGGUGCCGCAGUGUCCAAAAUCACAUGAUUGCCCUUUCCGUGACUUCCAGUGCACGAGAUCCGACGCGCAGCGGGUUGCAGUGCAGCAGGAGCCUGCAUGUUCUUUGUCGAAGCUGGCUCAAAAUCCUUCUACGACAAUGUUUGCCAUACAGAGGGGUGAUGGGGCAGGUACUCGCAUCGGACAAACCGUGCUGAGCUUGGCAUAUGCAUCCCAGAACAACAUGAAUUUCGGUGGAUUUUUCUUGGAUCCCAGCCAAAAGGACAUCGUUCACGGAGAUGACCAACCACGAGCCAUGAGUGCCUUCCUCGGCUGCAACUAUUCGGACAUGCUGGUUCACACAAAGAGACCUCAUUUCGAUCAGUGCUGGAAUGGCAAAGAUACACUUGCUAGUGGACUUGACGGCCAGGCGAUUCUUACCUUGCCGUUUCUGGCAGAGCUACGGAAGUCCACCGCACUUCUGAGGCAUGCAACACCUUACUUCACCGGGAAGGGUAUGAAGGUCGUCAUUCAUAUCCGUCGAGGAGAUCGACUCCCAAAGGGCUCCCUGGAUAGCGCUAGGAACGUGAACGGCCAGCACUACGCCUCGGACGCCUUAUACCUCAAUUUCUUGAGAAGGUUCCUCCAGGGCAUACAGAAUGCCGAGCUUCAUGUCAUCAGCACAACGGAGGGUGGCUUCGCAAGCGAAAAUUUCGAUGUCUACAGAAACCUGGGCGUGCACGUUCACCUGGAUGGUGACAUUAUUGACGAUUGGGCUCACAUGGCGCAGGCCGAUCUCCUUCUCAUCGCUCCCAGUACCUAUUCGUGGGUGGCUGGCCUGCUGAACGAGAAGUGUGUUGCCAUUUUCAAUCUUUUUCCGCUCCCCAUCGUGUUGGACUGGAUAGAGCUCAGCGAGGACUUGCGCGAGUUCAAGGACAUUGAGACCUGCCUUUCAAAGAAAGGACUCCAAAGCUAG